AUGGCUAAAAACACAAUCUGUGCUAUCUUUAUGAUUGUUCUAGUUCUAGGGAUGGUGAUUAAGGACACACAAGGACAAGAACUGUGUCAUGAACGUUUUAUAGGAGAAACCCUUUGCGUGCCUGCACAGUGUGCCGAACAAUGUACUGCAAAGUGGGGAGAGAGAGGAGGAAAAGGGACAUGUCUGGGAGGACCAGGAACCGUCAAUACCUGCCUCUGCACUUUUAAAUGCCAAAUCUGA